AUGCUCGUUUCAAGUGAUGAAGACGCAGAUCAAGAGGAAUCAUCAAGAGAGAAGACUGCAAUUCUGAAGAAGCAAGAUGAGGCGGAGAAGCAGUUUGAGAAGUUCAGGAAGCUUGUGCCGAGGAACCAUCCUUACAGUUACAGAGAGUAUUUUAUGGAUAAUAUGGUUGCAACGAAGCUCUUUGCGGAGAAGGCGCAGCGAGAGAUGACUGGAUCCAAGAGUUGA